UUCGUGACUGUGCGUUUUCACCCAGACCAGUUGAUGUCUCAUGGAGGUUCUACUGAGCCUUGUGGUAGUGUGGAACUCUACAGUAUUGGCCUUGGUACAGAGAAAAAUAAUGAGCAUACAAAGUCAAUUGGGGAAUUUAUAGCUGAAAAGCUAUCCAUACCAAAAGACAGAUUUUACGUAAAUUUUACAGACCUCAAAAGGACAGAUGUCGGGAUUGACGGGAAAACAUUUGCUUAAUAUAUAUGUAGGGGUUAUCUCCCUUCUACAUACAAUCCGCAAUACAUGUGAAUAUCAGAGUUACUUCCCUUGUAUCACUCGUCGAUGUACACUUUCACAGGUUGUGUGGAAUCGAAGUUAAUGUCCUAAUGGAAAACUUCCAUAAACACAUUGUCAAUGUCUUCAUUAUUGUACCAAUACUAUUAUGUAUUCGUUGCUUGGUGCAGCACUUUACAUGUGACAAUGUGUUUAUUUUAAGACUAGUACCUUGGAACACUUGGUUAUUGGAACCUGAUAGUCCUAAGAGAGGUUAAUCAGAUGCUUCUGGGAGAAAUUUACUUGAAAAAUGGAAUAAAGAUUUCAAAACAUGCA